GUUUAAUUUUUGGCGCGGCCAUGGCGAGUUCUUCGAAUAAGUUAAGUAAUCUGUUAAAUAACUCGUGCUUGGACAUAUUAAGAAGGGAAAACCAAUCAAGUAAGAUAACAACGGGUCAUAAAGGUCUGGACAGAUAUUUGGGCGGUGGAAUUGCGUUGCGGAAAAUCACCGAAUUGGUUGGAAAUUCGGGUACCGGCAAAACCAAAAUGUGCCUGCAGCUAUGCUUGAAUGUGCAAAUACCAAAAUCCGCUGGCGGCUUGGAGGGGGCUGCUCUUUUCAUAGACACCCGACGGGAUUUCCAUCCCGACAGAUUGCAAGAACUGGCCAAAGACCUGGAGAGGCAGUAUAAGCACAGAGCACCUGACUUUGUGGCGUCCAAAAUGCUGCAAAACGUCCACUACGUGAGCUGUCCGAAUGCAGCCCAGUUGAUGGCCACCGUCCUGAGCGCUCGGCGGGACCUGAUUGCCCAUCCAAAUAUAAAAGUGAUUGUGAUCGAUUCGCUGGCGUUUUCCUUGCGCAUGCUGCAGGAUGGCGCCCAGAGCUUCGAGCUGCUCCUGGAGCUGCUCGAGAGUAUGAGGCAACUGCUGCGCGAACACCAAGUGGCCUGGGUCGUCAGCAAUGUGCUGACGAAUCGGUGCAUCGGCCGCCGAUUCCAUGUCGUGCCCGCCCUGGGGGAGACGUAUUCGCACAUGAUCAACGAGCGCAUCUGGUUUUCCCUGAGCGGGCAGCACUCUCUGGGAAAGUUGUGGAAAACGAGCAGAUUAGUCAAGGAUUAAGGCGCAUCUCGGGUAAAUGGUGAAUUGUACUUUUACUUUUAGUCUAAGCCACGCUGGAUAAUGAUAAUCAAUAAUAGA